AUGCAGAUUAUCCUCCUAGUGCUCUCCUUCGCAGCAAAAGAAAGCGAGAGAGUCUUCCACUAUCUCUUCACCUUCGCUCUCCUAGUUGGUGCCAUGACCUACUACGCCCAAGCAUCCGAUCUUGGCUGGAGUGCCGUCCAGCAAGUCGAUAACUCGGGCAAUGGCGUCGUCCGCCAAAUGUUCUAUACCAAAUACAUAAACUGGCUCGCUGCCUUUCCAUCGCUCAUUCUCGGACUAGGACUCGUAUCUGGCGUUUCCUGGACCACUAUAGUCUGCAACAUCGCUAUCGCGUGGUAUUGGGUGAUAAGCUACCUCGCAGCAGCAUACACCACCACAGGCUACAAGUGGGGGUUUUUUGCGUUUGGGACAUUUGCGUGGCUCAUUCUCGCCAUGAGUACCAUCAAUGAGAGUCGUGAGGCUGCGGCCUUGGUUGGUGUUGAACGAGACUAUACUUUGCUGGCGGGGUGGUUGAAUUUGUUGUGGGUGCUAUAUCCCAUCGCUUUUGGUUUGACUGAUGGCGGCAAUGUACUUGGUGUUACCGGUGGCUUUAUCUUCUUUGGUGUACUUGACGUGUUGAUGGUGCCUGUUUUGAGCUUUGCUGUGUUGUUCUUCGCCCGUGGCUGGGAUUAUGAAAAGCUGAACAUUGCUUUCAGUCAUGGUCGUCCGAGCCGAGGUGAGACUGGGGUGAAGGAUUCUACCGCCAACAUUUCUGCGGGUGCCUAG